UCAAUCAGGGGUGUUUCGCAAACGUAUUUGGUCACGUGGCCACCGAAUGCGCUUCCUCCGGCGGCAGGAGCGGUUUGUCCUCUUUCCUUUUCGCCCAAGGAUCAGCCCAACAUCCAUGCAGAGGUUCUAAAAGUCCUUGUAAAAUGCUGGCUAAGCAUAAAAUAAGGCGACUAUUGCACAUGGUGCCAGGAAAGAAGCGUUUUGGUGUGUACAGAUUUCUUCCUUUCUUCUUUCUUCUUGGAGGUGCUAUGGAGUGGUUUAUGAUCAACGUCCGCAUUGGAAAAGAGACAUUUUAUGAUGUUUACCGCAGAAAGCAGUCUGAAAGACAGCAUGGAAGUUUGGAACAAAGAUGAUUUUUUGCUUUGACUAGCUCAAAUGAAUUCUGAAACCUAAAUUUGAUACAUAAGAAAUGUUUACUGUUGAAAGAAAUGUGAAAGUUAUAUCAAAUGCUGACAGUAGCUGGUCACAUGACACAUGGUUUUCAUACCCAGGUAGGAUGCCCGCUGGUUCUUUAUCACAUCAUUUUAACACAUCACUGUUAAGGCAAUCUGCCACCAGCAGCACCAAAAGCAAUGAAGCUUUACAAGCAAAUGAUCUUGAAUUUUUGCGAGGAAGCAAUAUUGUGUUUGAAAGGGAGUCAGCUGGAGCUGCAGGUUGACUUCACUGAACUCCAAUAGAGUAAGGGGAGCAGAGCCACCAUUAAUCUGUUCCAGGUUGCUCACAAGACACAAUCAUCCUCUCCCCAGCAUAAGGGAAGAAUCCUCACUGAUGAUUCUUGUCAUCCCACUCAUUUAUCUAUACUUUCCCUUCUCCUGCUUAAGAUGGACUUAUCAUUGUGAAUGUGGAAGAUUGCACUGUGUAUUCUGGGCUAUAUAGUACUUGGGUUUCCAGGAACUAUGUAACAUGAAAACUGAUUACAUUGCAUUUUAGAAAAGGGGAUUUGCCAUGCUUGAGACUAUUUCAUUAAGAGUUUAUAUGUGUACAUAAACUGACUGAUGCAAACUUGAUACUGAAUCUCUUAUUCAUUUAGGAAUGACUUUGCCAUGGCAGUCUAAGAGGACUGUUCCGUAGUCUAAUACAAGACAGUAAUGUCUAUGUGACUAAUGCCUUAGAUUUGUGAUGUGAUUGAUUGUAGCUCUGUAUCAUAAAUGUAGUUCUUAAAACAUGGAUCAUGCUAAAGGUCUUACUACAGCACUCAUUUGAACAGAAGGAAAUAAUGUUCAAGUUUCAAGUACUGCUAUUUUGUGAAAUUGUGCUAAGAAAGAAGUUUUAGUUAUUUUCUGCUGCCUCUUUUAAGUCUCACUUAAAUAUGUGGUAAUGUU